GCAUCCCGCCCAAUUGAUGCGUAUACGGUGGUUGAGAUCAGCCCGGUGCUGCUGUUCUCCUCCGAAGAGUAUGAAGCACAUGGGAAGUAUACCGUGCUCGAUCCAUAUACUUUCAGGUGGCGAGAUGGGCGGAUGGCAUUGGCGUUGGGACUCGGAUCACUCUUUAACCACUCCCAAAGUCCCAAUGUUUCCUACAUAAUCAACACCAAGACAGAGUCGAUUCGGUACACGACGAUGCGGCGCAUUGAGACAGGCGAAGAGCUGUGCAUAUUCUACGGUCACAAGCUCUGGUUU